AUGGCGUUGGCGUCUCUGUCCAAGGUGGUGCUGGGGUCGGCGGCGUUCGGGGUGUUCUGGGUACUCGCCGUGUUCCCGUCGGUGCCGUUCCUGCCGAUCGGCCGCACGGCGGGCGCCCUGCUGAGCGCGGCGCUGAUGGUCGUCUUCCACGUGAUCAGCCCCGACGACGCCUACGCCUCCGUGGACCUCCCCAUCCUGGGCCUCCUCUUCGCCACCAUGGUCGUCGGCGGUUACCUCAAGGGCGCCGGCAUGUUCGGCCACCUGGGCCGCCUGCUGGCGUGGCGGAGCCAGGGCGGCCGCGACCUCCUCUGCCGCGUCUGCGUCGUCACCGCGCUCGCCAGCGCGCUCUUCACCAACGACACCUGCUGCGUCGUGCUCACGGAGUUCGUGCUGGAGCUCGCCGCCGAGCGGAACCUGCCCGCGAAGCCAUUCCUCCUGGCACUCGCCACCAGCGCCAACAUCGGGUCCAGCGCCACGCCCAUCGGCAACCCGCAGAACCUGGUCAUCGCAUUCAACAGCAAGAUCUCCUUCGUGAGCUUCUUCCUCGGCAUCCUGCCGGCCAUGCUCGCCGGCAUGGCCGUCAACAUGGUCAUGCUGCUCUGCAAGUACUGGAAGGACCUGGAGGGGGUCAGCCCCGACGCCGAAAGCAAGGAGAUGGUGGCCGUCGAGGAGGGGCGCCGGCCGUCCCCGCUGACGGCCACCACGCUCAAGAGCCCUGCUCGGGUGCUGUCCGCCGACGACCACGACUCGGUGAUGGCGGAGAGCAUCUCGACCAAGCACCGGUGGUUCAUGCAGUGCUCGGAGCCACAGCGGAGGCUCUUCCUCAAGAGCUUCGCCUACAUCGUCACCGCCGGGAUGCUGGUGGCAUACAUGCUCGGGCUCAACAUGUCGUGGACCGCCAUCACCACCGCCGUCGCCCUCAUUGUCGUCGACUUCCGCGACGCCGAGGCCUGCCUCGGCAAGGUGUCCUACUCGCUGCUGGUCUUCUUCACGGGAAUGUUCGUCACGGUCAGCGGCUUCAACAAGACGGGCCUCCCUGGGGCCAUCUGGAACGUCAUGGCGCCCUACUCCAAGAUCAACCACGUCAGCGGCGUCACCGUCCUCUCUCUCAUCAUCCUCCUCCUCUCCAACCUCGCCUCCAACGUACCAACAGUGUUACUGAUGGGGGACGAGGUGGCGGCAUCGGCAGCGACGAUCUCGCCGGCCGCGGUGACACGGUCAUGGCUGCUGCUGGCAUGGGUGAGCACGGUGGCAGGCAACCUAUCACUUCUCGGGUCGGCGGCCAACCUCAUAGUGUGCGAGCAGGCGCGUCGGGUGCCCCGCAACGCACACGACCUCACCUUCUGGAGCCAUGUCGUCUUCGGUGUCCCCUCCACGCUCGUCGUCACCGCCGUUGGCAUACCCCUUAUCGGCCUCAUCAACGUCGCCUAAAACCAGCAUAAUUAUCAGUAUUGCCAAAAUUUAGCAGUUGAUCGACCAAUUCAAGCCUAAUUAUGCUUGCUCCGUUCUAGUGCAUGAUCA